CCCAAUCCUGACUAAGCCUGAUGAAGUUAUCAGGCACAGACACAGACACAGAGAGAAAAACAAAGGCAGAAUCAAAAUGAGUUGGAGUUCAACUGUCAGUUCAAGUGCAAUAAUAUUGUUGCCGGCCUCGGCCAAGGCUAGACCAUCAUUAUCGUUGAACUUGAACUUGAACCCACUCAUCAUCGAUAUCAAUAUCAUCAUGAGUAGGAAAAUGAAAAUGAAGCGUAGGCGGAAUUCAGUUGCAGUUUCUGGUCUUCAGUUGCAGCAAUUGGGUGUUGUAGGUGUAGCACCAACACAAUCUCACUCUCAAUCACAAUCUCAAUCUCAAUCUGAUUCUUAUAUAGCGGUGCAAGACGAUCUCGACGCUUUCUUGCGGAUUCUUCCAUGUGAUUUGCGUGACAAUCUCCUCAAUGAACCCAAGAUAGCUCAACUUUUAGAGGUUAUAUUGGAUCUAGGCUGUUUUCCAGAAGCACGCUAUCUUGGCGAAUUUGGAAGGCAUUAUCUGAGGAACACUAAGGUGUCAAUGAAAGAGUUGGACCAUGCUCAAAAUGCUGUUGGAGAGUUUGGAGGGGAUAAUAGAGCUGGCAUCGAAGGUACCUUGCAUAGGAUAUCUGCAAUCAGGAGUACGAAAGGGAUGAUAGUUGGUUUGACUUGCAGAGUUGGUAGGGCAGUCAGUGGACAUGUUGACAUGAUUUAUGGCCUGCUUCAGUAUGGGAAGAGCAUUUUAUUUGUUGGAAAGCCUGGAGUUGGCAAGACUACUGUUAUGCGAGAGAUCGCCCGUGUCUUGGCUGAUGAAUUUCACAAAAGAGUGGUGAUUGUUGAUACAAGCAAUGAAAUAGGAGGUGAUGGGAAUAUUCCACAUUCAGCAAUAGGAGGUGCACGAAGAAUGCAGGUACCAGAUUCAUCCAUGCAACAUGCAGUCAUGAUUGAGGCUGUAGAGAAUCACAUGCCUGAGGUAAUCAUGGUUGAUGAGAUUGGCACUGAAGCUGAAGCUCAUGCAUGUCGCUCAAUUGCUGAGAGAGGCGUCAUGCUUAUUGGCACUGCUCAUGGACAGCGGCUUGAGGAUAUAAUAAAGAAUCCUAUUCUCUCUGACCUGGUUGGGGGAGUAGAGACUGUUACUUUAGGUGAUGGUGAAGCCCGAGCUAGAAAUACUCAGAAAACUGUUCUAGAAAGGCAAGCUCCUCCAACGUUUCAUUUUUUGAUUGAGAUGAGAGAGAGGCACUAUUGGGUUACACACCAGAUACAGAAGAGUGUGGAUAUAUUGCUUCGUGGGCAAACCCCACAGGUUGAGGAUUGUUAAUUAAUUCCAUAAGAAUUCUCACAUGAUUCUAAACCAAAAACAUGUCACCACCCGAGCCAAAUGCAUUAUCAACAGAUGAGAGGGAAUCAGCCCCAUUGCUUUCUAAUAUUUUCGUGGAGUUCUGUACAUUUUAAUUUUGGGCAGUAUAAUGCUCAUGUACUUGUGCUAUUAUUGUCUGUAUUUGUUUUUAAUAAUGCAAUUCUUUAUAUAUUAAAAUAAAAAAUGCCCUAGAAAGGGCAUAGUAAAUUAGUAUUGGCCAAAUGUCUGUUAUAAAUCACAAAUAUUUGUUUUUUUUUUUUUUUUCCUCAUCCUUUAAUGUUUAUUAUUAUUAUUAGAAUAUUUAUUAUUAUUUUUUGGAAUAUAUUUUGAGUAAGUUACAUAUCUGAAAUUUUAUUGCUUGGAAAGAAAGCCCUUAAAGAACUUUUAUUGUGGUCUUGUACUCUUUCUCGUGGGCCAAAUUUUUCUUCGACACUGUAUUAUUGUUGUACUGUUGCUUUUAAGCUGUGCUGUGACUGGUAACUA